AUGGCUGGCGAGGUCAUUGGGCUCAUCGACAUCGCCGUCAACUGGGGCAAGGAGAUAAAGGCUACGGUGGACGCCGCGAAGCACAACAAAGAUGCCUGCAGGGACAUUGGGGUGCGCGUCGCGCUGCUGGCGGAGCUGGUCGAAAGCCAGAAAAAGAAGCCCGAGCGCGAGUUGGAAAGGCUGAAGGCGUCGGUUCUGCGCGUGUCGGAGGACCUCGAAAAGGCAAAAGAUUUUCUCAAGAUGUACAACAGUGCGAGCUGGCUGAGGCGCCACGCCUUUGCAAAGGACUACAAAGAUGGGUUUUCAGCUGUGGGGGAAGCCCUGAGCAUUUCGCGUUCAG